AUACCAGGCGGUGAUACAGCCCGACAGCUCUCGAUUGGGCAUCUGUAAAAGUUUGUGAGUGUUUUCGGUGACAAGCCAAAUUUCUUCAGCCUCCUGCCCUCAAUCAUGUCCACAUCUACACUUGGUUUCAGAAACAGCCGGCCCUAUCUCUCUCUCUCCCAGUCCAUAUUCUACUACCUUCUGCCUGAUUGUCCACCCGUACGCCUUCUGCUUACCCCCUCUUCACCGUGACUGCAGGAUGUCCUUCUGAACUCCCUUUCAACCUCACCCAGUACACAAGUUUGUCCCGCCUUAUCCUCAGUGACAGUUCCCCACUAUCCACCUGCAAUGCCUCAACAGGCAUUGUCUUGAAGGCACCCACAAACAGGGGCCGCCAUCUUUAUGCACCUCCCAUAUUAGACUGGUUUGGAUUUCUAUGGGUGCAAUUUUCACCCCAUUCUGGACCUUUGAGGGUUUAUGACAUAGCCCAUCUAGUAAUUUAAUAGGAUCUCUAUGGAGGACAUGUAUUUCGGUCACUUGACUAUCUUGUCAAUACAAUAGACAAUAUUUGAUGUGAGUCUUAAAAUGAUGCAGAGAAAAUAAAAUAAAUAAGCAGUGAACAACUACGUUACCCAGAGAGACCCUUGGUUUUAGUGUGACAUCAUAGGGUUUGUUUUCAUCUGCAGUCAGCUGAUGGACCAUCUGUACAUUGCCAAGUAAAGAGGGUGAUGACAUCUUCUUCGUGCUCUAAAUUAUUCAACUAUUGUUGAAGUGUAAACAAUAUUUGAAAUGCAUCAACUGAGGUCAACUUGUCAAACCAGGUCUGAUUGGGACGUGAAUGAAUGAAACUCUCAAGAGCUAACGUUAAUGAUUAACUAGCCAGUGAGGAAGCGAUCUAGCUAAUGUUAGCUACCGGUAACGUUAGUUGACAGAACUUGAUGUUGUAGCUAUAAAGGACUAAACUCAAUCGUGUAAUCCAAGGAUAUGAUUUGGCAUCAGUGAAAUAACCAUGGAAACGCCUGAGUUACCUCUUGAGAGGAAUCUCACCUUCAAGUUCCUCUAUCUCCUCCCUGGAUCUGAUCGGGGGCCUCAGUAGGCGUUCCAGCUGCAGCCUGGCCAUCAGCCACCUGGAUGGCUCCAGUAUGUCCCGGGCUGUGCUGCAGGAGAUCGGGCUUCACCUGGGCCCUCGGCUGGAGAGCCUAGCCCUGUCUGGGAGCAGCGUGACCGAGUCUUCCCUCCUGGCCCUGCUGCCCCAGCUGACAGCCCUGCGCAGGCUGGACCUCAGUGGCCUAGACAGCCUCUUCAUGUCUGGAGCCUUCCUGUCAAGAGAGGAACACCGCCAGCUGGUCAGACCCUGGAGGUUGGACACGAUGAUUAUUUUUCAAUUUUUGUAAAAAAUUUUUUUACACAUGCCAGUUUUUAAAUUAGUUUGUCCUUUUCCUUGGUUCAGGUAGCUUUAGCAGGUCUUAAGGAACUGGAUCUCUCUGACCUGCGCUACCUAUCAGACCUCUUCUUUAACCGGCUAACAGGCUGCACUCCCAGAUUACGCCGUAUCGCCCUGGCUGGAUGCCACAUCACCUUUGAGUUUAACCCGUCUGUGGCUGCCCUGUGGAGCCUGACUCCUCUGCCCUACUCUCCCUACGGAGCCUCCACAGGCUGCUGCAGGAGCAGGCCUCCACAGUGCACUGGCUGGACCUGAGCAGAACCAGCAUCACACAAGAGUCGCUGCGCUCUGUGGCCCAGGUGGAGGGCCUGUCUCUGGAAGAGCUGCGUCUGCGGGGCUGUAAAGAGCUGACGCACUACUCUGUGGAGGUGCUCUGUAAGCACCAGCCUGGCCUUCAGAUCCUGGACCUCAGCGCCUGCACAGAGCUCACCAGCCGGGCUGUACAAGCUGUGGCCCUGGGCCUGAAGGGCCUCUGGCUCCUCUCUCUGUCCCGGGACUAGAAGGUGACGGAUAAAGGCUGACUUGAUGGUGCUGCCGGAGCUGAGGACCCUGGAUCUCUCCGAGUGCGUACGUCAGUUGGGCCGAGAUAGUGAAAGGGCUCUCUGCCCCGGAGCCCAGGGCACGGCUGGAGACCCUCAGCCUCAAGAGCUGCAGCUAUAUCAGGGACCUGGCUGUGUUCUCUCUGGCUCAGCUGCUGGGCUCCAGUUUGAGGGAGCUGGACCUCACCUUCUGCGUCUACCUCAUAGACCUGAGUGUGGGUGCUAUCGCCACCUACCUUCCUGGGCUUGUGGUUCUGCGACUGGGCUGGUGGAAGGAGAUCACAGACUGGGGGCUGCUGGGCAUGGUGGAGCCCACCAAGGAGAGUGAGCCUAACAAAGAAAUGGAGUCCAAGGGGUCCAGCUUCACCCGUACCUUUGGGAACAUGGGUUUCUUCCGGCCUCCCAGCGUGCCCUACCAAGAGAAGCCUCGGAUGGUGACGGACGAGGACCUAGGGGUGUUCAGGGAACAGGAGGGGGCCUCACUGCUGGCCCUCAGGAGCCUCCAGGACCUCGACUUGUCUGCCUGCUCCAAACUCACUGACAGCAGCAUCACACAGGUGCUGCGUUAUCCAGACCUCCAGCGCCUCUCUCUCUCCAUGCUGCCUGAGAUCAGUGAUGACAGCCUGGCGUCAGUGGCCUACCACUGCCACAGCCUCACCAGCCUGGAACUCAGCCACUGCCCCCACAUUAGUGACCAGGGUAUCGCCCGUGCCGCCCCUUAUCUCGCCAGGCUGCAGCACCUCUACCUGUCCUGCUGCAAUGCACUCACAGAUAGGUCUCUAUCCAUGCUCGUCCAACACUGUAAGAGACUGCGGACACUGGACAUCUCCAUGUGUAAACACAUCUCGCUAACAACGGUUGAGCUCCUUCAAUCACAGCUUCCAUUCAUAGAGAACGUCCACUGCCGCUUUGUGGCUGGAGCUGACCUGACCCUCCUACUCUGAUUUCUUCUCUCUCCAGCUGCUUGAAUCACAUUUCAGUAAUUGCAUUACGCACCUACCUACUCCUAUUAUCCAGAGUUUAUUUGUAAUAGAUUCCGUAGUUUAUCUUAGUUUCAAACCCAUGUGAACCCUAAAACUGGCAGGUUCCAGCAGUUAGACACUUAGUAGGACUCAUAGAGCCAAUUUCUUAGACUCAAAUUGUCAAGUGCUGGAUUAAAAAUCCUUCUCAUUGGAGAAUCUCCCAUGUAAGUGCAUUUUAGGCCAGGAUUCAUUCUGAUAGAGCUUUGUUGGCUAUGUGCAAUUUCCAGGUAAUUCACGGUUGAGCCGACAUAUGGAGCAUUUACCGUGAAUGCGAUCUCGCGAAUGCGGGAAGAUUGCCUUCAAAAGGUGCUUAGCAGACAAAGCACGAUCAGAUUACAUUCUGGCCUUAGUCUGCUCCAGCCCCUCCAACCUAAUGUGUAUAUGUGUGAGAGAGGUUGGGGGGGGGGGAAAGCAGAAGACAAAUUUCCAUCCUGUAUGGACUAAUAAAGUAUUUUAUCUAGUCUAGGACCAGAAUUAAUCUGUGUCUGAGAACCCUGGCCCUUAAUCAUCACGUUUUUAGUUGAGCAGGCUUAAGUAAUUUUGUAUUCAACUUAAUUUAACACUGCCACUGAAGGAAGCAAAAUAGUUAAAAUAGUUCUUUGUGUAAAAGUAUAUAUGUAUUUAUUGAAUAUUUAAUUCCAUCAAUAAAUGUACAUUUAUCUCGUUUAUCUGUUGCUUGGAAUCAUCAAUGAGUUGGAGUUUGUUUAUUCUACAAUUCCACCAGACCAUGAACCAAGCUAGACAAAGACAAUCUGUAUAAAUCAUAUUUAUUCAUGUCAACCCUAAUCUUAGUAAAGCAUAAAUUAGGGGUUACCAUGGAGAUUAUUGUGUGUUUAACAUGAACACACAUGCAAUGAACAGCAAAAUCACCCCAAAUUUCAGAGAAGCCCAGAUCACUGGCUACAAAAAUCCAUUAUUAUGAGUUUACCUUUUCACCUGUCUCACUGGCCAUUGAGAUUUUGAAUAUGAAAAGUUGAAGGUCCACCAUACUGAUAGGACAUUUGUUUACUGUUUUACAAUAUAUUACAGUAAAAUUUGAUGAGGUCAGAUUUAUUUAUCAGAAUCAUUCAUAUUGUCAUGAAAAUAAAGCCCAAGUACCCUACAACAAUAUCAAUGUUGAACUAAUAUCCAUUUAAUAUGGACUGAAAUUCAUAAUGGACCUGUAAGAGCCUUUGCCCUCAGCUCCAGAGCAAAAAAGGUUACCAGGCAAAAUGUAUUAAUAGCAGAGAUAAAUAUAUGGUGCUUGAAGCUAAAUCAUUUGUCAGUGAUACAAAAUACUUAUCUGUACCUUAGCUACAUUAUCGGUAUCUUAAGCUACCUUAUCUGUAGCUUGAAUAGUACCUACAAUAAAGAGCAUAUGGAAGGUGAUUGUAUCAUUGAUCAAGCUCUCAACACCAAUAAAAGCACAAAAGCCCAUUGCCUAAGACAGAGCCGUUUGAAUGUUAGCCAUCAAACCUUAUGGCAACCUUAAAUAAAACGUACAGAAGAUCAAUCAUGAUCAUCAGCCCAUGUGAGUAUCUCUGAGGUAUUCUCAUCAAAGGGCUCAUGAGCAAAUGGAACUAAUUAAAAUGCUAUCUGCACAUACAGUGCCUUCGGAAAGUGUUCAGACCCCUUGACUUUUUUCACAUUUUGUUACGUUACAGCCUUAUUCUAAAAUUGAAUAAAUCAUUUUUUUCAUCAAUCUACACACAAUACCACAUAAUGACAAAUAAAAAACAUUUAAAAUUGAAAUAUUACAUUUACAUAAGUAUUC